GGUGAAGAGAUGGAGCGGCGGCCGGGCCGGGGCGCUGUGCAUUGUGGGGCCUCCGAGGGGGCGGGGGUGAGCAAGAUGGCGGCUCCCUCCCUCCUGAACUGGAGGCGGGUUUCCUCGUUCACGGGGCAGGUACCCCGCGCCCGGCACGGGCACCGGGCCGUGGCCAUCCGGGAGCUCAUGAUCAUCUUCGGCGGAGGCAACGAGGGCAUCGCGGACGAGCUGCACGUCUACAAUACGGUUACAAACCAGUGGUUCCUUCCUGCUGUUAGAGGUGAUAUUCCUCCAGGCUGUGCUGCCCAUGGGUUUGUCUGUGAUGGCACCAGAAUCCUAGUCUUUGGAGGAAUGGUUGAAUAUGGAAGAUAUAGCAAUGAGCUCUAUGAAUUACAGGCAAGCCGUUGGCUUUGGAAAAAAGUGAAACCUCGACCUCCUGCUACCGGCUUACCUCCUUGUCCUCGACUUGGACAUAGCUUUUCUUUAUAUGGUAAUAAAUGUUAUUUAUUUGGUGGCCUGGCCAAUGAGAGUGAAGAUUCAAACAGUAACGUCCCCAGAUAUUUAAAUGACUUCUAUGAACUGGAGUUGCAACAUGGCUCUGGCGUUGUGGGGUGGAGCAUUCCUAUGACCAAAGGCAUCGUGCCUUCCCCAAGAGAAUCCCACACGGCCGUGAUAUACUGCAAGAAAGAUUCAGGGAAUCCCAAGAUGUACGUUUUUGGAGGAAUGUGUGGUUCCCGGCUUGAUGACUUAUGGCAGCUCGAUCUAGAAACCAUGUCAUGGUCACAACCAGAAACCAAAGGAACUGUGCCACUCCCCAGGAGUCUUCACACAGCCAAUGUUAUAGGAAACAAGAUGUACAUUUUUGGUGGAUGGGUUCCCCAAACCAUGAACAGCGCUGAAGCUUCUCCUCGGGACUGUGAAUGGCGGUGUACCAGUUCAUUUUCUUACCUAAAUUUGGAUACUGCAGAAUGGACUAGUCUAGUGUCUGAUUCUCAGGAGGACAAAAAGAACUCACGGCCGAGGCCAAGAGCCGGACACUGCGCUGUCGCCAUUGGGACACGCCUGUACUUCUGGAGUGGCAGGGAUGGCUACAAAAAGGCCAUGAAUAAUCAAGUUUGCUGCAAAGACCUUUGGUACCUUGAUACUGAGAAACCACCAGCGCCAUCACAAGUACAGGUGAUCAAAGCUACCACUAACUCUUUCCAAGUCAAGUGGGAUGAAGUCCCUACUGUGGAGGGUUACCUGCUUCAGCUGAACACGGACCUGCCAUACCAAGCAGCAUCACCAGAUUCUCACGCAAACUUGCAAGGAGUCCAAGCAGAUUUUUCCAGACAAGCCAGUCAUAACACCGUCCCCAACAAUAUGCCAGUUUCUCUCUUAUCUCAAGAAUUAUUAAAGCUAGAAGACACAGGAAAUAGUACAGAAUCUGACCAUGGAGUCAUGAAAGGAACUUCAGUAAAAAGCCAGUUGGAUCAUAGAGAAUUUGAGUCCAGUGCCCCUUCGCUUCCAUCCUUUGCGCUGGCAACUAACACAGCAGAUGGCAGCUGUUCGGUGGAGAUGCUCAAGAAAAAUGAAGGUGCUCAAACUUCAAAGAAUGUAAGUGAAUCGUAUGGUCUGGACUUAAGGACAAUAAACCCUGAAGCUGCUGUAUCCAGUGCCAGUUCUGGUACACAUACCAUGGUACCCCAGCGGGCCAUUAAAACAGAGUCAACCAAUACAAAUGGGGCGGUUGUGAAAGACGAAGCAUCACUCACAGCAUUCGGUGGAAAAUCCGAAGCUGAUGAAGCAUUUGUACAACCCGUAACCAAAGUCAGCUCUGCCGAAACCCAGGACUCUCCUGUUCCAUUAUCAAAAGAUACUACUUCAAAGCCAAUGACCAUAGAAAAAAAAGGGGAACGCCAGUGGUGUGAUGUGGGGAUCUUCAAAAAUAACACGGCUUUGGUCAACCAGUUCUACUUGCUGCCAAAAGGAAAGCAGAAUAUCUCUAAGGUAGGAAAUACAGAUGCCCCAGACUACAGUUUACUUAAGAAGCAAGAUCUUGUUCCAGGCACAGUGUACAGAUUCAGGAUUGCUGCCAUCAAUGGCUGUGGGAUAGGCCCUUUCAGCAAAAUAAGUGAAUUUAAAACAUGUAUUCCUGGUUUUCCUGGGGCCCCUUGUGCUGUCAGAAUCUCAAAGAAUGUCGACUCUAUCCAUCUGUCCUGGGAACCUCCAGCGUCACCCUCUGGAAAUAUUUUGGAAUAUUCAGCCUACUUGGCUAUUCGCACAGCGCAGGUGCCAGAUAAUCCAAGUCAGCCCAUGUUCAUGCGGAUUUACUGUGGCCUGAAAACUUCCUGUGUGGUCACCGCGGGGCAGCUUGCCAACGCACAUGUCGAUUAUACCUCCAGGCCCGCCAUCGUGUUCAGAAUAUCAGCAAAGAACGAAAAGGGAUAUGGACCAGCUACCCAGGUUCGAUGGCUUCAAGAAAAGAAGGAAUCGGGUUCAAAGUAGAAGAAGCACCUUACCAGGAAAGAAGUUUUGACAAAGUAUUUUAAACAUUUGUAAGAUUUUGUAAAUGUCCUAAAUGUUUUAUUUUUGCAUUGUUUUUAACCUUGAAAUUGUACACACUUUUUUUACAUCUUAAAUAUAAGCAUCAGACAGCCUUACUCAGGUGUGAUUCCAUCCUUCAGUAGGGAGGUGUUGUGGAUUGGCUCCAGGGCACUUGUCUGUAACUGUUACUGAUUUCAUAGAACCACUUCCUGUUCACAUCGGAAAUUGACAUUGAGCAAUAAUUGCAUAUGGAUAUCCAGAACGGAGAACUGCACAAGACUGUUUGCAAUCGCUUUUUACACCCUGUAGGGUGAGUAGGGGAUGUCUUAACUUAAUGCACAGUAUCCAUUGGAAAGAUUGAAUGAACUGAUGUAUGUAUGUUCCAACGACUAAUUUAAGAUGUAUAGAAUAUUUUAAUAUAUAACUUUUGUAAAGAAUUGGGAAUUUUGUACUACAGUAUUUGUAAUGAAUGUGUCUUACCAAGGUUUUCCUGAAGAAAUAUGCAAAAUCUUAGACUCUUAAAACGAGAGGCCCUGAACUCUAAAGGCAAAAUAAAUGCACUACUCUUGUGUUUAGGUUACCUUGGCUUUUUUUUUUGGUAGGUGAGAUGUAUGAAUUUUUAAAUAUGUAUCUUAAAAACAAUGUUUACAAUGAGCUUCUCUGGCCUGCCAGCUCUGCCCCUCUUGGUGAGAGCUGCAGCCACAUUUAUUUAACCUGUAUGCAUUGCUUUGGGCAUAUGCUUGCUUUUUGCACUGGUAGAAUUUUAACUUACCUCAUUAUUAUGUUCGUAAUCAUUUUUGUAUGGCUUCCAUAACGUGUCUGAAAUACUUAGCCUAAAUAAAUAUUUAACCAAAGUUUGAAAUAAAUGGUAAGCAAUUUUGCACAUAUUAAAUGCCAAGGGAUCCCAUAUGUGUAUUUUCAUGGCUUUUUUUUAAGUUGGGGGAUUGGUUAUCAAACUGUAAGCAAGUGUUUCAGGCAUGGCUAGCUUUAAUGGCUCACUUGGAUCAUUUCAAUAAUUCUCAGUUAAUAUCUGCUGUUUUUUUUUUAAAAAAACAACCCUUUUAGUCUGUAUAAUUAUCUGUUAGGUUUAUAAAACACCUCUCGCUGAUAGGAAUUGAUUCCUAGCUUAGAAUAUUUGUUUGACAGCUGUAUGUAUUUAGUAGCUAACUUCUCUGUUCUAGGCCUAGUGGUGAAUUUGAACCUUGAUUCUAAAAAAAACAAAAAAACA